AUGUUGUGGCAGCUAUCAGGAUAUGCCAUGAGCACCCCGACGAUGCACCGGCUCUUCAAGCUGACCACAGUCUCAGACAAGGAGGACAAGAAAAAAAUUUUGUUUGUGCAGACAUCCGCGCUCGCGGAGCAAAUUCUCCGAAGUGUUUCUCACUUCACAACUGACGAGGUGAAACCAUGCGUUAAGUCAAUGAAGCCAAACUGAUGAAUCGAAAACCCAAACGCGAAGGACCCACAGCAGUAGUGGCCCCUACCGCGGAGACGAUCCUACUUGAUUAUCUUCGUUGAUGUUUCACCUCUCAUUUUCCUACGAUCCGGUGUACCGGUAUGGAUUUGUUUCUUCUUUCCUGGUGGCAGCAUCGGGCAGUGGAGAUACUGGAGGAAGGUGACGAGCGCCAUCUCAAGGAACAAGCACGGGACAACUGGCAGGCGAUCUGCACGAAAGCCACUAGGAAGAGCCGAGGGGAAAGACUGCGACUGUACAUCACCCUCCAGGGGCGAAUGCGUGGAUGGAAAACACGCUACAGGCACCAAAUGUCAACAAAAAUUCAGCAAGUUGGCCGAGGAUACAUCGUUCGACGUCGCGGCGGAAGUAUACAAAGAGGACGUCACCACCAAUAGUCUAGUCAGACAAGACUGUUUCUACUGGUUGGCGUGGGUUCCAAAUCAGCGUCUGAAGGAAAAACACCAACGGUUGCGCUGUACGUAGAUGGCGCCAAAUGGUCUUGCAGAUUCCUGAACUGACUAGGUUGUUGCAAAUAACGAAGUAGGGAGACGCAGGAGCCGUGGGACGAAAACACGAGGAGAGGGGUCUUCGCCAAUGGGGGGGGUUCACUUGCUGCUUCGUUGCCACGUUGAAACGUUGUUUGGUGGGCGCGUACCGACAGACAUAUUUUCAGAGGCCCGCGUUGUGAUUGCCUUCAACUCCCUACCGCCCUACACUGUUUGGAUAGAAACGACCUGUAAGAUGGUGAACACCGAUGCG